GUGUGUGUGUGUGUGUGAGUGUGCUAGCAGAAUGGUGUUCGAUAAGAAGCAUUUGUUGUUGCUGCUGGAUCGGCCCCGGGAACCGGUGUUCAUGGGCAAGGGUCGCGUAGUGUUCGACGUACCGGACAACUAUCUUACCGAUCGGUAUCGACCCAUCGGUCCCGAAAUCCAGAACCGAUUCGGCGAGAACGCAGAGGAGCGCAUCCCGGUCCGCAGUAUUGCCCUGCCGGAUCUGCGCAUUCCAAUGUCGCUCGGACGACAAGAACAGUUUUCGCUCUUUAUUCCACGCCAUCGAAAAAUUGCGGCACGCUUGAUUGACAUCUUCAUGGGAAUGCGGAACGUAGAGGAUCUGCAGAGCUGUGCCGUGUUUGCACGUGACCGCAUCAAUCCGUACCUGUUCAACUAUGCGCUUUCUGUGGCGUUGCUACACCGCAAGGAUACGCAUGAUCUCGAUCUGCCCACCAUCAUCGAGGUGUUCCCGGACAAGUACGUCGAUUCGAAGGUGUUUUCGCAGAUUCGCGAAGAGGCGACGGUUGUGCCGGAAGGGAUGCGGAUGCCGAUCGUAAUCCCGAAAGAUUACACCGCUUCCGACCUGGACGAGGAGCAUCGGCUGUGGUACUUCCGCGAGGAUAUCGGUGUCAAUCUGCAUCACUGGCAUUGGCAUUUGGUUUAUCCGUUCGACGCUUCGAACCGUGCGAUUGUGGACAAGGACCGUCGGGGCGAAUUGUUUUACUACAUGCAUCAGCAGCUGGUGGCACGGUACAACUUCGAGCGGUUCAGUAACCGAUUGCAGCGCGUCAAGCGGCUAAACAACCUACGCGAACCGAUUAGUGAGGGCUAUUUUCCCAAGCUGGACUCGCUGGUGGCUAGCCGGGCAUGGCCGGGGCGUGUCGAUUCGAGUGUGUUGAAGGAUUUGAACCGUGAGGCGGACCAGAUAAAGCAAGAUGUGGCCGAUCUGGAGCGCUGGAUUGAUCGUAUCUAUGAGGCGAUUCAUCAAGGAUUCGUUGUUGAUGAAUCCGGAAACCGCAUCCCACUGGACGAGCAGAAAGGAAUAGACCAUCUCGGUAACAUCAUCGAGUCGUCCAUCCUGUCACCGAACAGACAGCUGUACGGUGAUAUGCACAACAUGGGACACGUCUUCAUUUCGUACGCUCACGACCCGGACCAUCGGCAUCUCGAGUCGUUCGGCGUGAUGGGCGAUGUGGCGACGGCCAUGCGCGAUCCGGUGUUUUACCGUUGGCACUCGUACAUAGACGAUAUCUUCCAGGAGCACAAGAACAAGCUGCCACCGUACACCCGUUCCCAGCUGACGUUCGACGGGAUCUCCAUCACCGGCAUUACGGUGCAGCCCGAGGACGGUCAGCAGAACACGUUCCAAACGUUCUGGCAGCAGUCGGACGUGGAUCUGUCACGCGGCAUGGACUUUGUGCCGAGGGGAAAUGUCUUUGCAAGGUUCACCCAUCUGCAGCAUUCGCCGUUCGUAACGACCAUCAUGAUCGAGAACGAGUCGGACGCCCAGCGCAUGGCAUUUGUGCGCGUUUUUCUUGCCCCGAAAAAUGACGAACGUGGCACACCGAUGGUUUUCCGCGACCAGCGGCUGUUUAUGAUCGAGCUGGAUAAGUUCCUCGUUGCACUGCGACCCGGCUCGAACCGAAUCCGCCGACGGUCGAGAGAGUCCACCGUAACUAUUCCGUUCGAGCGCACGUUUCGCAACCUGGACCAGAACCGCCCCGAACCGGAUACGCCCCAGGAAGCUGAGUUUAACUUUUGCGGUUGUGGAUGGCCGGCCCAUAUGCUCAUACCGAAGGGACUGCCCGAAGGUUUGCCGGCCGAUCUGUUCAUCAUGGUGUCAAACUACGAGGAGGAUCGUGUUGUGCAGGAUCUGGUCGGUACGUGCAAUGAUGCCGCAUCGUACUGUGGUGUGCGGGAUCGUCUUUACCCGGAUCGGAAGGCUAUGGGGUAUCCGUUCGAUAGAGCUGCUCGCAGUGGAGUGGAUAGUUUGGCCAACUUCCUCACGCCUAAUAUGGCCGUCCAGUCCAUUACGGUUGUGCAUAAUGAUCGCACCGUAAAUAGGACCGGUUAA